AUGACACUGCCGUGGCCUCAAGUGGAGCGGUGGCAGCUUCAAACGCCCAAAGCCUACGUCCACCCCUGGGAUCAACAAAACCAGGAUGCCGUGCUUUCCCUCGAAGCCAAGUUCCAACAACUGGACGACCACUCGCCACUCCAGGCAGAAAAGCUUCUUGACCAGCUCAAAUGGAUGAGAGUGGUAGAGGAGCGGAUCAUGACAAUGGAGGGGCUUAACUACACCGCCAAUUCCACCUUCCAAGGGACGUGUAUCGAUAUGUGCCCUCCACUUGAACGUAUCCAACGGUUUGCAGCAAAACAAGUGGAGCCAUGGGAGCUUGACCACACUACGGGAGUCGUAGGCCGCUACGCCGCCGUGAAAAUCGUCCCCGUUGUCGCUGACUCGGUACCUCUCCCGCUGGACGUGAGACCUCCCUGGGUACUUAAGCUCACCGUCGACUACCUCGUCAACUGUGUGGCCACUUUCCUCCCUCGCUCCUACCGCUACCUUUGGAAUGCCUUUGGCCUGGUGAUGCAAGACUUCGCCUGGCAGCGAGUGUACUCCCCCGACACCGUGUACUGUUGCGAGCGGGUGCUCCGCUUCCACCUCUGGCUGAUGCACCACAUGCUCCCCGUGACUCCCGCUGCUACUCGUCACCGUCAGCUUGGCAUGUUCAGACGUCGUUUGCGCUUAUUGUCUAGAGUAUACUGGCACAUGGCUGAUGCUGAUGGUAACGCCGCGAUCUCUCCUGAAUUCUACGGGUACUAUUUGCUCACCAAUUUUGAUCUGGAGGUUGACGACGAAGUGAUACUCACCCCUUUAGCCAUUCAGAACCACGACUACGUGCAACUGGCGCUUGAGCUCCGGUGGUUUGUUGCUCUCCACGAUGUUGAGCCUACAACCGAUAUCGGCAUUACUCUUGACACCUACCAGUGGUUCUUUGAGACCGUUUACGGUCCUCGAGUUCCUGUACUUGCUGCGUGUCUAUUAGAAGGCUAUUUCGAUAUCAUUCGCUACCACGGGCUCAGAGCCAUGGCGUCGUUGGCGUCGUAUAAACGAGUACGUUUGAGCUGUAUUUCCCGUACGCUUGGUUUUGCCGAUACCGCCGACGCUCGUAUGUACAUUGAGAACUACGGGAUUGCUAUCGACGACAACAACACCCGCUUCCCCGAAGUGGUGUUUGACCGUGACCAAAUGACCAAACUUCAACCACGCCACUGGAGACGUCCUGCGGCCAAAAUCAGAGCCAAGUUCGACGGAAUGCUGCCGUCACAGGCGAUGCGGCCUCCAGCAGUGAUUGCUUCCUCUGCCAGCGAGGACACCGACACCGAUCUCUACCGGCGGUGGCUCCGGGAGUGGUGCCGUCCUGACCCUGCGGCUCGCGACGUCGUCGACCCUACAGUGCGACCAAAACCGGAUUUAGUGGGCUAA